GCGCCUCCCUCCUUCGUCCUCGGCCGGGCCGGCCGGGCUGCCGCGGCGCGCGUCGGGCCCGGCGUCACAGGCCAUGGGGGAAGGGGGCGCCGUGGGGCGCCGCCGGCCCUUCCCCGGGGCGCCGCGGCGGCGCUGGUGGCGGCGGCAGCAGCUGCGGCAGCGGCAUCGGCAGCGGUGGUGGCCGGGCCGCGGCGGCGAGGGCGCGGGGCGCGCCGCCAUGGGCCCGGCCGGGCUGCAGGAGAAUGUAUUUACCGGGCAAUCAAAGAUCUAUUCCUACAUGAGCCCCAACAAAUGCUCUGGAAUGCGUUCCCCCCUUCAGGAAGAGAACUCAGUUGCACAUCACGAAGUCAAAUGCCAGGGGAAGCCAUUAGCUGGGAUCUACAGGAAACGAGAAGAAAAAAGAAACCCUGGGAACACAAUACGUAGCACCGUGAAGGCCGAGGAGCAGAAGAGCAAAGACGCCAGGAGAGGUCCCCUGGUACCUUUUCCAAACCAAAAAUCUGAAGCAGCAGAACCUCCCAAAACUCCAAACUCGUCUUGUGAUUCUCCCAAUGCAGCCGUUGCCAAGCAAGCCCUGAAAAAGCCCGUCAGGGGCAAGCAGUCCCCUCAGAAAAAGGCUCAAGGAAAAACGCAACAGAACCGCAAACUCACAGACUUCUACCCUGUGCGCAGGAGCUCCAGGAAGAGCAAGGCUGAGCUGCAGUCUGAAGAAAGGAAGCGAAUAGACAAACUGAUUGAGAGCGGGAAGGAAGAAGGAAUGAAGAUCGACCUCAUCGAUGGCAAGGGCAGGGGCGUGAUUGCCACCAAGCAGUUCUCCCGGGGCGAGUUUGUGGUAGAAUACCACGGGGACCUCAUCGAGAUCACUGAUGCUAAGAAGCGGGAGGCUCUGUAUGCACAAGACCCCUCCACAGGCUGCUACAUGUACUAUUUUCAGUAUCUGAGCAAAACCUACUGCGUGGAUGCAACAAGAGAGACAGAUCGCCUGGGAAGACUGAUCAAUCACAGUAAAUGUGGGAACUGCCAAACGAAACUGCAUGACAUCAAUGGCGUGCCUCACCUCAUCCUCAUCGCGUCCCGCGACAUUGAGGCUGGGGAGGAGCUCCUGUAUGACUAUGGGGACCGCAGCAGGGCUUCCAUCGAAGCCUACCCCUGGCUGAAGCAUUAAUGCCCCACCCCUUUCCAUGGACAAAGUGCCCUCAAAGGGAAUUGAUUUUUUUUUACACACUUAAUCUUAGCAGAUUACUUCAGAUGUUUUUAAAAAGUAUAUUAAGAUGCCUUUUCACUGUAGUAUUUAAAUAUCUGUUACAGGUUUCCAAGGUGGACUUGAACAGAUGGCCUUAUAUUACCAAAACUUUUAUAUUCUAGUUGUUUUGUACCUUUUUGCAUACAACUCAAACGUUUGUGCUUCCCGUGCAUGCAGUCAAAGACUCAGCACAGGUUUUAGAGGAAAGAGUGAACAUGAACUAGGUUGGAGAACUGGGUGAUUUCUCCUGCCUCCAGCUGAAGAGCUGGGACUGUCUCCGCACACCUGGCACUGAGUGUGGGCCGGUGUGAGGACAGCGCUGCCUCCCAGGGCCUGUAUGGGAUGUUCCUAAGCUCUUGUUUCCUUGACAUCUCGACAGGCGCACCUUGAAGUGUAUGAAUAUUUUUUAAAAAGGUUUCGCAGUAAGCUAGUCUUCCCCUCUGCUUUCUUGAAAGCUUACUGACCCAGUGGCCUGUGAGCAUAGGCUGGGCCAAGAUGUACUCUUCCACAGGCUGCCGCUUUCUGGGCACCUCGAAGCAUCAGGGCGGGUAAUCAGAGUAGAUGUGGGCAGGGAAAGCAUCGCUUACCGAGCCUUGCCAGGGCAGGGCUUCCCGAGACUGGGUUAAUUCUUUAUAGAAAUGUGAACACUGAAUUUAUUUUAAGAAAAUAAAAAUCACAAAACAAAAAAGACAAAAAAAAGAAAAAACCACAGAAAACAACUUAACGUGUAUAUAGGUCUUGAAGUGAGUGAAGUGGCUACAUUUUUCUUUUUUCUUUCUUUUUUUGGUGGGGGGGUUGUUUUUGUAGAAGAGAUUUGAGAUGGUACUCUAUUCUAAUCAAAAAUAAAGUUUUGUAGUGGGACCAGAAAUUACUUACCUAAUUACCUAUCACCCUACCCCCACCCCAACCUGAACCGAUUCUGCUGGCUUGAAAGUUCCAGACCUGCUGUCAGGCUUUCUGUUUGUCAGACCACCUGGUGUCUUUCCCACAAAAAUGCAGCCAUAAUAGGCAUGUGAGCCUACAAGCCCUGAAACAAAGGGCCCCACCCCAUCUGCUGGUGUACAAGGUAGACAGGCCCAGCAGCCCAGGGAUGAGGCUAAAGUUCUUAACUCACAGCAGGAGUAGGUAGCUUCCUCCCACCAAAGGGGGACCCGUUCUCAUAACCUGUAGUCUGGGGGUGCCGUGGCUCUGGAGCCAUGACCUGGAGUCCCCCUGGUCCCAGGUAAAUGAAUAGAGACAGGUAUGAGACCCUGUCAACCUUGAUGCCCCUGAGCCCCGACCCCAGCCUUACAUGAUGGUGCUACCUAAGAAAGUCUUCCCACCCAACCCCCACCGGCCUGGUCAGUGGUCAGUGAAUUGGACGAGGAUCCGAUGGGAGUACGUAGAUGUGAGAUAAAAUGUCUUGGUUGUACCUGUUUGUGGUUUAGCUUUGUAUUUAAAAAAAAAAAUUGAAAAUUAUUUGUCAUCAUAAAAAUGAAACAAAAAUUAAAAUAUUUAUUGCCAGGCA